CGGGAAACUAUCCACUGUAAAUGCUAACAUUCAAAUUAAUUAAAUAAGAUGAGUGAACCAAACUCAGUUUUCAUCAACUUGUUAUGAACACUCAUUUUAAAUAAGUAACUAGUAAUUAGAGGUUGGAAAACAUGCUUAACUUGAUUUAUCCCAGUUAAGUCAAAUUAGAAAAAGUUAUUUAUUGUACCCAGCAUGCUUUGGGAGUUUUUUUUGAACAUGCUCAGACCUUCCUCAUCUACUUCGAGCUACCAAAACCUUCAGCACAUUUUCACCUCGACCGCAUCAUCAAUCAGGAGCUUCCUUCCACACCUUCACCUGGCCUGCUUGUGUUUAGCACAUUAAGGUCAACCAGAGCAGUACUCCCUAAUGCAGUGGACUUGAGGUGACAUUGAGAUGGACCAAAGAUUGAUGCUUCGAGUUGUCAUUCAUGAGGAUGACAUAAGGAAGCUGACCUUAAAUGAUAGACCGAAUUCCAUUGAAGAACUAAAAACACAGCUGCAAGAUAAGCUGUCACUGCAGUACGACUUCAAACUCCAAUAUGAAGAUCCAGAUUUCAGUAAUGCAUUAUGCAAUUUGACUGAAAUAACAGAUUUGCCUGCAAGAGCUACGCUGAAAGUAAUUCCUCUUGUGACUCUCGAUUUGACCGCCCUGUCUUCACCCACCGAAGAAUCAGACUGCAGCACAGUAGACGCUGAGAUCUUGUCCCCUGCUGAAUCCUCACCUUCACUUAGAAGACAGUGGCCAGAGUUCUUUGACAUACCCAGUUUCUCAGUGGAUGUAGAGUACAGGCUGAGACAGGCAGACCUUUCAUUCAUGAAAGACCGUCUCCCAAUUACUCCAUCACGAGACAUGAAACAUGACAUACUUGAGAAGCUCGCCGAAACAAUGUACAGUUUCAAGGCGUACCCGAACGAUGAUGACUUCAGCAGUGUCGCAAAAUCACUGAUAAGUAAGCACCCCAGUCUCACUGAACCUGGUCCCCAGCCAGGGUGGUAUGGCUGGAAAAAUAGCCUAAAAUUCAAGAUGGCAAACUAUCGUACAAAGCUACGAAAAGCAGGAUGUGAUGAUGUAAUGAUAAAUGGGGGUAAACGAAGUAAACUUAAUCCAGAUGGAGACUCAUCCAGCAAGAAUGUCAAGAGACCAAAAAGAGGCGAAGCCAAUUAUUUGCCUAAUUUACCAGACGGACAUGAUGAAAGAAGCCUUGAAAAUGCCAGGAAGACUGUCUUCGAGGAAAUGAAGAAAAAAAACCCCAAUGCCACUCUAGUCUCGCAAAUGAUGGACCAAACAUUCCCACUGCGCAGAAGGGAGAUAGUGACACAGGAGCCUGCUGUGCAGAGCAUGGUUGAACGUUGGCCAGCACUUUUUACUGAGAGACAGGUCUUUGCAGAGUUUAAUCGCGUGGCCAGUAAGAACCUUGAAGGAAACUUCUAUGAAGCCUUAGACCAACAUACCCCACACUUCAUCGAGCUUUUCAAGUCCAAAAAAGGAACUACAGGACAAAAACUGACAGACUUGAUGCAGCACAUCAACUGCCUGUCGCCAGAUGUGACGGCACUUCGCUCUGUUGUCCUCAGAGGCCUUCCUAUUGUGCUUGGUGAUGACUCCAGUGAGGUCUACAAGACUUGCUUUGACAAAGCGAAGGAAGAAGCACUCGCCUCAGUGACAGUUGGGGUGCUGACCGUGGUCAACGAAGAUGCUCUGCAGCAGGGUCUAAAUGCAGUGCACCUCCAGCCAAUCUCCACUGCCAUCAUACUUGAGGGAAGUACAGUCAUGGACAAUGUUAGAGACUUUCCCCAGGCAGUCUGCCUCUUGUUUGGUCUUAUGUAUGCGCUUCACUUAGAUUACCCAAAAUGCAUGGUGAACACACUCACAUUCAUUCAAGCAAUCAUGCUUGGAUUGGGAAGCAAAAUACUCAAUCCGAAACUGCUUAGUUUGAAAAACAAACUACUGGGGUAGGCAGUGCAAAAACCUUUUCCCCUCUUCAAAAUAGAGUCCCAGAUGUCCCAGCAUUACCGGUAUGAAAGAAAAUUGAGUUAAAUUUUACCCAAACCCAUUUUGUGUGAGCAACUUAACAAAAAGAUUAUAUUUGAUUCUCAAUAGGUGACAAGGAAAUAUCAGCAAUAUUAGCAUGUCCACGCUGCACAGGCAUCUCACUUCAUUAUCUUCACUGCAAAAUAAUAAUCCCAAUAAUUUAAAAUGCCUACAUAGUUGACACACCAACAUUGGUGUUUUAGCAACAUCAAUAGUUUCCUGUGUCUCUUACCAAAAAUUAAUUGUUACCUUUAUGGAAAAUAAAUGUAUGUGCUUUUGUACAAGUAAUGCCAACACAUCCAGGACUCUCAUUUUGAAGAGUGGAUCAACAGGAAAUAUUUCUUGUUAAUGUGCAUUUGUCAUUAUGUUUCAAGUUGUUACUUUGGUUUUCAAAAAGUAUCUGCACCCAACAUAACCCUAAGCUUCAGAACUAAAAAGUGAUUAGUUCAGAAAGGUUCUCUGAAAGGGUUUAGGUCUUCAUAAUAUUCUUUCCAAGCAAUUAUGAGGAACAUAUUUUGUAUAUGUUGUGCAUUUUUGUUGAGAGACUGUUUUUUGAUAUGUUUUCUUGUCUCAAACUGGACCAUGUUCCCAGGUUAGGAACUAUUUUUAGUUAAAUAAAUUUUAAUUCCACUGAGUUUAAGUGUUCUCUACUCAUUGUGUUUUUUUAUUUUUUUUAAUGAAAUCAACAAGUGCUGUUCUUUUAGGUGAGGAAACUUAGCACAGAGCCAGGGAUACCUUUUAUGGACCUGAAUAAACAGAUGACAGACAGAACUUAAUCAGAUCGAGGUGGAACGGGCAGAA